AUGCGCGGCCUCCUGACGCUGCUCCUUGGCUCCCUCGUCCCCUGCUCCUUCGCCGCCGCCGCAUCAUCACCACCGUCCCCGUCCUCCGACUACCACGAGCAGCUCAACCUCCGGCCGCUGCCCCUUAACUCCCUCCUCGCGAGCUUCAACUUCCGCUCCAACACCUCCCUCGCCGACUUCGAGGCCCACAACUUCCGCCUCUUCCCGCGGUCGCUCGCGCAGAUCCUCCAGUAUGCAGGGACUCGGGAGCUGCACCUGCGCUUCACGUUGGGCCGCUGGGAUGCAGAGCGCUGGGGAGCGCGCCCCUGGGACGGCACCCGCGAAGGCGGCACCGGCGUGGAGCUGUGGGCGUGGCUCGACGCCAAGACGGACGCAGAGGCCGCCGAGAACUGGUUGACGCUGACGAAUGCGCUGUCCGGGUUGUUUUGCGCCUCGCUCAACUUCAUCGACGAGACGCGGACCAUUCGCCCCGUUGUUUCGUUCCAGCCCGAGGGCGAUCACGACAAUGCGACCCUCGCAAACCUGAGGUUGCUCCACGGCGUGCUGCCGCACGAGGUCGUCUGCACGGAGAACCUUACCCCCUUCCUCAAGCUCCUGCCCUGCAAGGGCAAGGCUGGCAUCGCGAGUCUGCUGGACGGUCACAAGCUGUUUGACGCGUCGUUUCAGAGCAUGGCCAUUGACGUGCGACCUAUCUGCCCACCCGGCGGCGAAGGAUGCGUCUUGGAGAUGGAGCAGACCAUUGACAUGGUUCUCGACGUCGACCGCUCGAAGCGACCUAGGGACAACCCGAUUCCUAGACCUCCUCCUGCCGACCAGCUUGUCUGCGACACGUCCAAGUCGUACCACAAUGACGAGACCUGCUAUCCCGUCGACCACCUCCAGGGCCAGGAUUGGACCCUCUCGGAGAUCUUUGGCCGCACCAUGAAAGGCACCUGUCCCCUGUCCAACCCCGACGAGGCCCCCGUUUGUCUCCACGUGCCCAACUCUCGCGCCGUCUUCUCGACGCAGGGCACCCACGAGGUCAAGAGCAAGGACGGCAUGUUGCGCUGCUACACCAUGCCCCAGGACAGCGACUUCACCCUCGUCCUAGCCAAGCCCGAGCCCGACGACGCCGCCGCCGGCAGGGACCUCGUCCAGCCCGAGCGGCCCCUUCUCUACGCCGAGCGCAGCUUCAUGGGCCACGGCCAAGAGCACGGCGGCGUGCAAGCCAUCCUCACGAACCCGAGCGACGAAGAGGUAGAGUUCGUCUACAUGGAGUCGCUGCCGUGGUUCAUGCGCAUCUACCUUCACACACUCUCGACGCGCAUCUCUUCCUCCUCUUCCCCUGAUACGACGGCUACCACCACCAACUCUGCCGCCCUCGCCGGCACCAACGCCUCCUCCAUCAUUCAGGAGAUCUACUACCGCCCGGCCCUCGACCGCACCCGCGGCACGCAGCUCGAGCUCCUCAUGCGCAUCCCCCCGCACUGCACCGUCUUCCUCACCUACGACUUUGAGAAGUCCAUCCUGCGCUACACCGAGUACCCGCCCGACGCCAACCGCGGCUUCGACGUCGCGGCCGCCGUCAUCACCACCCGCGCGCCCCGCCGCGGCCUCAACCUCCGCACCACCAGUCUCCUGCUCUACCUGCCCACCCCGGACUUCAGCAUGCCCUACAACGUCAUCAUCUUUACCUCCACCGCCAUCGCCCUGACCUUUGGCGGCCUGUACAACAUCCUUGUGCGGAGGCUUGUCGGGGCCGACGAGGCGCCCCCGCCCGUCCUCAAGGCGAAGCUGGCGGCGCUGAUGGGGCGCCUCAAGGGGUUGAAGAAGUAG